AUGUCUGACGAUUCUAGUUCAGAUGAUUUUUUCAUGGCAGAUGAUACAGAUGAUGAAUUAGAUGUAUCUCAGAGAGCAAGAACAGUUCUUCUGGGCUCGCCCAAUGAGAUUCCAGAUUUGAAGAGUGAUUCUCAUUCUGAUAUUAAGAAAGAUACUCCAGCUGCAAUCUCAAACGAUAAAGAAGACACUAAGAAUAAUAAAUCGAAAAAUGCAGAUCAGUAUUCGCCGGUACGAACAUCAAGCAGGAUAGCAAGAAAGCUGCGAUCACCGCUGAAAGAAGCCGUAGUUUCAGCAGACCCGAUCUCGCUUGAUGAUGAUAACAAUAAAAGAGCAAGAUCACCAUCUCGACCUAACCCAUACUCAAAUUCACCAGAACGCCGUUCACUGUCAAGUUCACGUUCACGUUCGCGGUCUAGUUCACUUUCAAGUACUCGUUCAUUUUCACCCAUAAGGAAAACUCCAAAACUAUCAAGCACACUCCAAAUGGAACCUGAUGAAAAUGACGAAUUUUUCAAAGAAAUUGCCAAGGAAGCCAAGAAAAUUCCAAGUCUCACUAAGGAAUCUACACCAGAUAAAUUACCUAAAAGGAUUUAUAACAUUAGAUUUAUUUCUAAAUUAGAUGGGACGAUGAAUAAAUGUGUACAAGUGAAAGUUUUAGGUAAAUUCCAAUUCCAAAAAAUUUUACCCGCUGCAUUGACUGGGUUGAUUAAAGCCUACUCGAUACCUAGUGUUUUGCAGAAAUAUUACAGUGUUGAUAACGUUUCAUUAUAUUGGAAUCAUGCCAAGUUAUUGGAUUUUAUGACUUGUAAUUCUUUGAAUAUACCACAAGCUUUUGAAAAUGAAGUCACUAAUGUCGAUAUUGAACUGAUAUCUAAAGAUGAUGAAAUAGAAAACGAGAAAGCAAUUACAGAGAAAUUAUUAAAAGAUGAAAGAGAAGUAUCUUUGAAACUAGAAGCUGCUAAGAAAGAAAAAGAAAUACAGGAAAAGUUGGCUAAAGAAUUAGCCAAAGAAGAAAAGGAAAACGAAGUUUUUGAAGAAUUUGAACACGAACUGGAGAACGUUUCUGAAUUGAAAACAAAUGGUUAUGACGCUGAUGCCUCUACCGUUAAUGAAGCUAAUGAGCUGGCUCUAGAGGAAGGAAACGCCGAUGUUAUGAAGAUUGCCUUAGUAGGUCAAGAUAACAAGAAAAUUCAUGUCAAUGUUCGUGGAACCACUCCAUUUUCUAAAGUUGCUGAAUACUAUAGAAUACAAAAACAGUUACCUCAAAAUGCGAAGAUUAAACUUGUUUUUGAUCACGAAGAAUUAAGUCUAUAUGAAACGAUAGAAGACCAAGAUAUGGAGGAUGAUGAUAUGAUAGAAGUUGUGAUUAGUUGA